ACUCUCGGUUUUUAUGUGUCAUGAUACAUGUCGUAUAGAGUAUCGUGCAUGCGACGAGUGAUCGAUUAUAUCUGCGUUAAGAUGAUAUUAUUGUGCCUUUCAUCAAAUUUCAUGUGAAAAAUGUUAGUAACAAGAGAAUCAAAAUUGUUCGCCGCGUUAAAUUGUCUUUCUUCGAAAUUUUAUAAUGAUUAUUCGAUUCGAUAUGACAUUUUAACACCGAGCAACGUAAUAAGAAAAAGAAAAACGGAACGCGUGUUACGCGUACCGAUAAAACGUUUUGCACUUUAGCCUAUUAAGAGCAUCAGACUGGUUUUCGAUGACGUAAAUUAUAAUCUAGAAUAUAAUACGAUGAAUAAGUCCAGAAUAGGGUCAGAAUAUAUUCCGCUAGUGGAAGGUGACAUGUUGAAACCGCGAUUCGUUUUAUCUUUUGCUAAAAUAGCAUGGUUUACCGUAUCUCUGCCCUUUUUCGCAUUUAUAUUUUGUAUUAUAUGGUCUAUCGUAUACAAUUUUGAACAUUCUACCUCUACUCAUUGUAAGGUUUAUAACUUUUUACCAUCUGUCUCUGCUGCUAUUGGACAUUAUAGACCACAAAGAGAUGUUUGGAAAAUUGCAAUAGCCAUACAGGCUUUGAUACGAAUUUUAGUAUUAGUAAUGUAUCGUCGUUAUUAUAAAGAACAUAUCUAUAAAUGGGCACAAAAUAUUUGUAAUAUUGUGACAAUUACCUAUGCUAUUGAAAACAUAUCUCUUGUAACAUUAAGCUUUUGGACAUCUGUUGAGAAUUAUGCCUUCCACAAAUUAUCUUUCAUAACGUUUUUAAUAACGUCUUUUAUUCAUAUGCAGAUAGCAUAUUUUAUCAUGAGAAAUUGUCGUAACAUUGCUAAGGAAUCCUCCGAAGCUACUUCCUUAAAGUGGAAGCGAAGAUCCAUGAUGUUAAAUUUAGUCUGUAUAAUAUUUGCCUGUUACUUUUUUUAUAGGCACAAUAAAUAUUGCGAACCUCUAGUUUAUUCCAUGUUUGCUUUAAGUGAAUAUGGAGUUGUUCUUUCGAAUAUGGGGUUCCACACGACUGCAGCUUGGGACUUUGCAAAUUCGCGUCUCAUUAUAUCAGGAACAGGGUUUAAAAUAAUUUAACGUAAUUUCAUAUAAAUGCAAUUGCAUUUUUAAGCAACCAUGAGAGAUACCUCAGCCUUAAAUUUUUUCAAAUUAUCACGAUGGAGUUUAAAAUCAUAUCUUUCCACUUACUAAAAUUCUAUGCUUUACGUUCUAUCAACAUCGCGACGACGAUGAACGUAAAAUUAGCAAUUUUCAUAUUUCUAUUCGAUAAUUGUAAUUGUAUAUAGACUAAAAAAUUCCCGAAAUAAUCAAUAAGACAAAGAAGACAAAUAAUAAAAGAAGAAAGGAAAGGAAAGGAA